CUUAUACAAGAAAAAACAAAAACAAAAAAACUGCCCAAUUGGUACAUGAAUGACUUUACCCUGGAGGUCAACUUCAAGGAAAAGUGAUUUGUGCAGCCGCUGCCAGUUAGUGAACUCAUCAAAAGUUAAUAAACUUGCAAUCUAUCCAGUGGGUCCAUGAUGACUUUGGUAAAUGUUUACCAACUUGGGUAACCCUGACAGCCUGCCCACGCCUGAUUUAUCCAGAGUUUUGAGGAAUGCGUGGUCAGAUGUGUUUACCCCCAAAUCAGAAAUUACACAUGCACUCGUAAAAAGGACAAGUUAUGCGAAAACAAGUUUGAAUGACAGUUUGAUUCAAUAGACACAUUGCAAACACCUAUCUCCCCACCCUGCCACAGCACUCACUCGCACACACACCAGUUUGUAGCCCUGUGUGUACCGUUGGGGGGGGGGCCUAUCACUCAAACAGUAGGUUGUGAACCCAGUUUUAUUUGUUUGCUCUUUUCUUGGUAAUGGCACCGGGACUAUGAUACUUUAACAACGCCUAUCAGGAAAUGUUGUCUGUGGCUGACAGUCCACUUCUCAAAAUUACAAAACCUCACAGGGGGCUUUGGUACGGGUCAUAGAGCUAGUUAACUGCGGUCAAGUGGGGUCCAGAACAAGGCCAGCUGACCUGUCACAAAAAAGGUCUCAGUCCUCAGGCCGGACGUUGAGUUCUUUGGAGAUCCCCCACAGAUGGAAGAGACUUGACACGGAAUCCACAAUGGGUGUUGUGUGCACAGUCCCUCUCCCCAAGUUCAGAAGCAGAAGCGGAUCAGACCUCCAUCUUCGCCAAACCAUGAAGCAGACGGACUACAGCAAGUCGCCCCCUUUGCAGGACCUGAGCCCGCCAGCCGUGAAAUCGCCGUGCAUCUACGACGUGGCCCCCUCGCCACCCCCGCAGCCCUACGAGAAAUCGGGACACAUAUAUGACACCAAGAAAUCCCCAGACUACGACGUGCAUCCCAGCCCCAAGGCUGCAGCAGGAGGCGUGACCAGAAGAAUGAAAAAGUCAGAAACAGCCAAACAGCCAAGACCCAAGUCAUGGCACACAGCUGAUGGCAGCGAGACAUGGGAAGAUCCUGGCUUCAGGACGUCCCCCAAGCCUGUAGCCCAAACCCUGCCCCAGCCAGCCCCACAACAGGCCCCUCACCUGCAUUCACCGAGACUGGACCCCAUGGAGAAGCUGACUGUGAUUGAGACGUUCCACAAGAGGCCACUGCCUCACAGCAACACCCACUCCAUGAUCAAUCUGCAUGAUUUCAAGGAUGAGGCAGAGCCGGGUCAUGGAUUUGUCAAGAGGAGGGUCUCGGAGUACAUAUACUCCAGCAAUCAAGAGCUCAGCAGCAGCCGCAAGGACAAAGACUUUUAUUUUGUCUGCAGUGAUAAGAGAGAGUCUCUUACACCCUUCAAUCCCAAAUUCAGGGAUGUGAACUUGCAGCCAGCUGAAACGUACCCCAAAGUUGCCAUGGCAACACAGAUAAAAUCAGCACAACAGAAAGCAUAUAUUGGCCGCGUGCCAGGAACUCAGACUCCUCCCGAGUCCCAGCCCCACACCUGCAGCUCUUCACAAGUCGUUAGCUACUCCACGGUACAGAUGCCGGAGCGCCAUUAUGCAAGCACGAUGAAGCUGACUGGCAAGUAUUGCGAUGAGAACACCCUCCCCCAUCAGCAGAAACCAGAGCCCCAGGUAUCUCCCACAUCAGGGCAUCUUGUGUACCGAGCCACUCCCAGAAUGUCACCAUCGCCAACCUUCAGUGACAAACGAGAGCCACCAACACCCCCUCAACGCGGGGAUUCACGGAACCGGACUCAACAGAUGAGUGAACAAAGAAAGCGCCCCUCAUGGCCAUUACAUGCCCAUAAAAUGCAGGACAACAGUGGCAGGCCAAGUUCCAUCACUUUAGAGGCUCCCCCAGUAAAGCUCAGCCCUCAGCAGGAUCAACCAAGACCCAGUCUCAUAACAGGAGAGCCAGAACUCUUAUACACUUAUAGUGGUGAACCCCAUCCAGAUAUUCCAACCUCAACCUCCUCAGUGUCACAAGGAGAGCUAGAAACUGUUGGAUCAAAUACAUUCCCUGGAAUGAACAGGAACCGUGACAAAGUGGACUACUUGUACACUGCAGUGCCCUUGUAUGUGGAUCCUGGAUCAGAUGAUCCUGAAACGGGGAUCAACUCUUUCUUCCCCAGCUCAAGUCCCCAGAAUGUACCAGAGAAGCAGUCCAGUUUGGAGAAUCAGCCACGCGGUUCUCCUCCAACAAGAGACAGUGUUGAUAGAAUAACUGUGGAUUCUGAUCCCCUUGUAGCUGCUUUGGAGUCAUACAUGCGAACAGCCGUAGACCACGAAGAGCAACUGCACGGAGUUAAUCCAGAGGACUCUUCAACAGGGUCAGAAUCACCUGUUCACCAUCCCCGCUCUGUGUCCCAUGGUGAUCAUAACAGGCCCCAAUGCCAGACUCAACCCAUGUCCAUCACAAGGAAUGAAGGGGAGAAACGGCUGAGCAGGACUUCACUUUCCUCCCUGGAUUCCCACUCCAGCAGUGGCCACCGGGUUAAGUCACCCACCAGCCGUUUGUCAUCCGAUGAGGAGGAGCAGAACAGGAAAAACAGCCAACUCGGGAACGCGAACCAGCGCACCUGGAAGAAUCCCAACGAUUUCUCCAGCAAGAAGGCGGAGAUUGACACCGAGAAGCACUGGCAGGACAUUGUUCGAUUAGCUAACCCCAACUGGGGCGAUAAAUACCAGCAAUCUGACCUAUCCACCAACUCCAAAAGUGAGGGGCAUGUGAGAACUUCCAGUCAGAUUGAUGAGAAGCUCAUCCGGGGAAAUGCACCUGGAAUACGCUCCCCAAUCAGCCCACUUAUGAUGGAGGCUGUCACCACAAUUGAACCCUCAAAGCCGGAAACAAUAAUCGAAACACAGCAGAAGGAAAUCAAAUUUCUGAAGGCCGAGGGGAGAGAUAGUGGGUAUGAAGUUGAUUCAGAAAACCCCUUUCGGUCCCAGCAGGAGUCUCCUGUCCCACAUGUGACCGAUACCUUCUCGUCAGAUGACUGGAUGAAGAUGGGCAAUAUGGAGUCAACAGGAGGCACCUCAAUCCUUUCCCAGCUACAGAAGGAGACCCCCUACAGUCAGCACUACAUGAAUGGUGAGCCUAUCGUGAAACCUACGGCAAACCAAAAAACUGCAAAUGAAAGUAGCCGACAGAAGGUUGCUAGAUCAGAGGCAAGCAUCACCCAGACACGGAACUCAAGACCCCAGCCUGUUUGUCCGCCAAAAAGCAGAGAUGAUUUCUUCAAGGAUGUAAAAGGUCCCACCGGUCAGGUUGUCAAGGAUGAGAGAAGUGUGUGUGGGAGCCAACCGCAGCUUAGCAGGCCAGGAGGGAGUGACUCAUCAAGUCGUCACUACCACAGCAGCUCUCUUGACCUAGACACCAAAGCUACCGGUGCCCAGCUCCUCGCCCAACCUAGCUUCCCUCCAUGGAAACCAGAGUCGAGCAACGACUCUAGCUCUGUUUUUCACACAAGAAGCCAUUCCUACAGCGGAGGGGGCUACCCAAGCUAUUCGGGACCAUCUGAACCUCGCUUCAGUCGGAUUGAUGAAGAACAAGGCGUAGAGUCAUCUGAGUCUGUGCCCAGUUCACAGUCAACUAACAGACCAGACCGCCGAUCAGCUGGCGGGCCUUUGAAUAGGUCACAUGGAAGCUAUGACGGUGAAGGCAGAAGUCACAGACGCGGUGAUUCUGAUCCAAAUAGUGGACCCUUCCCAGUUCGCAAAACAUCAGUUGAGUCUAAGGGGAAAGCGGACUCGGAUUAUCGGCAUGGGUACUCCAAGUCAGACUCUGAGCGACAUCGCAAGAGUUCUGCAACUGACCAGUGGCACAAGAAUUCAGACCCGAGUGGUGCCAUCAGCAAGCCGCACAGAGUAUCAGAUUCCCAUGAAAACAUCAGAGAAGUUUUAGGCAAAUAUGUGGAGACCAAGCGAAAUCUUCUGCGCUCAGAUGGGACUGUUUUUGGCUCCAAUCAGGGCAGUCUCUCUGGGUAUGGAUCCAUGGCAUCUCUAGACCAAUCCUCGCGUUUCUCUUCAACAACAUCACUGUACGGGAAGCCAGGUUGGAGCAUGGACAGUGUCGAUCACUCACGACAGUCGUCAUACUCCAGCCAGGCCUCUCAUGCUCAUCGAGACUCAGGAAUUGUGUCCCCAUCUGAGUCCUCGUGGGGUCCACCAUCCCCCAACACGUCCCCUCCUGGUGCAAUGGACCACAGACCCCGCAAUCAGCAGAGGGUGCUGGACCACCACCACCAGCGCGCUGCCAGUGAUAGCACCCAUCGGACUGAAAGAGUCCGUGACACCAACAGCCUGGGGAGAAGCUCGCUCUCAAUGUCGGACGAGUACCGGCCAACAAAAAAGGUGAGCCGUUCCAACUCCAUGAUCCACUCGAGCAGGGUGAGGCCGCAAGUUACCAUGACCCUCGGGAUGGAUUUAGGAGCCGUGACGACUCAAGCAAGGGCCUGAGCCGCACUGAGACAUUCUCCAUAGG